CGCCCGGGGAACAUCUGGGCGGCCGCGGCGCAAACAUCUGGGCGGCCGCGGCGCAUCCCUGGCGGGCGCGGCUGGAGGGUCCCGCGGGCGGGGGUCGCCCGGGCCAGCAGCGGAGCCCCGCGGCGGGGCGAGGGACGGCGGCGGCGCGGUAUUGCCUAGCAGAAGACCAUGGGCAAUUUCAAAGGGCAUGCCCUCCCUGGAAGCUUUUUCCUUCUUUUUGGCUUGUGGUGGUCAGUGAAGUAUCCACUGAAGUAUGCCUGUCGAAAAAACAAGAACAUUUGCUACCUUGGUUCCAGGGCAGGAUUUCAGCGCCUGGAGUUUGUUGAAGGGAUCAUCAAAGCUGUCUUUGCCCUCAUUGGAAUGGUGGCUGAGCAGUUUGCUCCUGAUGGACCACAUCUGAAGUUGUAUAAUUAUGAGGAAAAACACUGGGAUCACUUAAUGAACUGGCAGCAUGCCACCAUGUACCUCUUCUACGGCAUUUCGGGGUUGGUUGACAUCGUGGCUCACGGGACCAGUGCACUGCCAGUGGCCACGGACAGGAUGAUGCUGUCCUUAGCAGUGUUUAUUGAAGGUUUUCUCUUUUGCUACCAUCUUCAUGGGAGAGCCAUGCUGGAUGUUCAUGUUCAUCAGUUACUGCUGUUCGCUGUCUUUGGAGCUGCCAUCUGCGUAUUUCUGGAAGUUUUCUUCCGUGGCAGUAUCGUGCUAGAGAUGCUCCGUACAAGCCUCUGCAUAUUACAAGGCAGCUGGUUCUGGCAGAUCGGCUUUGUGCUUUAUCCUCCAAAUGGGAGCCCAGAGUGGAAUCAGACGGAUCAUACUAAUAUGAUGUUCCUGACCAUGUGCUAUUGCUGGCAUUAUGCCUUUGCUUUUCUUAUACUUGCAGUGAAUUACACAAUCGUCAGCUGGGCGGUUCGCUCAAAGGUUAAGCAGUCCCAGUCCAUGGAAAUGGGAUUACUGAAAACAUCUGAACGAGAUCAGGAGUCAGAAGAUGAAAUUUAGUAUGAAUGUGGCUUGAGUAGUUUACCCACUCUACCAUUAGGCUAACUGAUACCUCAUUUCUAGGUUUCUUUGCCAUCUUACUCAUUCUUUACUACAACUCGUUACGCAAAUAUCAUCCCCUGUAUACUGUCUACAUCUACACAGUUACAUCUUUAUUUUGUGGAGGGCAAGCUUGGUACCAAUUUGUGAUGGCUGCACUAGUACCUUGCUUAUCACAGGCUUCAAAGAAAACCAGGCUAAUAUUAGACAGAUGUGGCUGGAUGAGGUGGCAUGCUGAAGGCUGUGUGUUUGCUGCAUUAAAAGCUAAGCAAAACAUUUUCCAGCUGCCGCUGAAUGGACGACUUUCCAUAAUUAGGGUGUCCAAAUAAGAGUGUUUGUUGCCCUGCAAGUAACUGUGCAUAAGUAACUGUGCAGACCUGGAAAACAGUAGAAUAAGAUAAAAAUUCAGAGUCUUAUGGCUGUCGCGUAAAAACUUCAAGCCUUUGCUUGUGGCUUUAUGUUAAAUGGAAAGAACUACUCGGUGCAAACCUGUUCAGUGUUUCCCUGAAGAGCGUGUAGUGUGUUCACUCCCACAGAGCUAUGAGCUUGGUGGGAGAGGCAAAGAGGUGAAUGAUGAUGAAAAGCCACUGGAGUUACUCAUGUCAUGCCUAGACGGUCCUGCUCCUUGGACUGAAGGGCAGUGGCAGUGACUCUGCUUUCCCUCAGCACCUGGAGCAGCUUCUUUUCCAGAAAGGCUGAAUGUUGUCCAGUGGGGCAGCACCCAGCCACAAAGCCAGCUUCUUUCCCAAAGUUAUUUCCCUUCCUUUGUUGGAAUUUGGUGGAUUUCUGCAGGUUUUAUAGCAGAGACGUGACUGGACCCUGCACCUGGGCCAGGAGUGGGCAGUGCUGGUCUGUGGGCAGGAAGGGAUGGAUUUGCAUCCUUUUCCCUGUGCCACCCCUCAAGCGCCAGGAAGCCUGCACAGCACUGCACAGUGAGCUGUUGGAGGGCAGAUGUUGCCUUCAUGGUAGCUCCGUGCCCAGCUACCCACCAGUCAGUGAAUUAAAAAAUAAUAUUGUUUUUAAUUGCAUUUAUUUUCUGCACCAAAGCUGGCGUCUUGAUCUCAUGAAAAGCAGGGUGCUCUCCCCAGUGCUUAGCAUCACUUGGGAUGCGUGCCAGCCUCAGCAAAAGGGAAAUAACUGACACGUGACAAAAGACAUCAGAAAACAAUGCUGUUUAUGAGGACACUGCCCCCAAAGGGCAGACUUUUGAAACAUCACUCUGGGCAUCACUGGCUCUAAAGGAGUCUUUCGAAAGACUGUUCCCGGCAGCUCGUGGCACAGCAGCACCUACGCUGUUUUCCAGAGGCCUGAGCAUGGGCUGGUGCUGGGAGCAUGGGCCGUGCUGCGUAUCCACCACUGGUACGGUGGCAUUUCUGGGCAAGAGCCCCUUCCCUUCAAGACUCCUCCUAAAAAUGUUAUUUUCUAAAUAUUUUCAGAAACAGGCUAGUGCAAGGCAACAAAUUCUGUUUAAAUAGUGCCAGAUCAUGAGGUUUGGUUCUGCAGAAGUGUGUUUCUUCUAUUAUUCAAAUAUUUCCAGAUGCUCCCAAGGGAAUGCAGAGCUGGACUCUGGUAGAUGAAUGAGAGUUGUAGAAUCUGGUCCCUCCACUUUUGAGUUUCCUUUAUAUUUUUUCAGUGUGAACCAGAAAAAUGAGUGGCAUGAAAUUGCUAACUGCAGUAAGAGGAUUGCUUAAAAAGUUAGAUAAUAAAACUAUAGCUCAAAGGGAUCCCAGGACUCCAGGAAAAAAGAAAAAAAGGCUUUUUCUAAAGCUGUUUUAUCUUUGAUGAAAUAUAAACAUUCCUUUCAUUUUUAAGAUCUACUUUUUAUCUCCCUUUUGUCAAGGAGCACCUUCCUUAGCUGCAUAUGCUGUUAAUGCUGAAUUUUAGCCUGCCAGGUUUGGCAAUGCCUUUCCAAAAUCAGUGAUGUCAUUUAUUCUGAAGGAGAUCUUCAGAAAGUACUUUGCUUCUCAUAGGCAGGAACAAUGCAUGUUUCUUCACUACUUUUCUUGACAAGUAUAUUUAAUACUGUACAAAUACUAAGGUGCUGUAUGUCUAAAGUGACAACCUAAGCAGGAAGAAAAGCAUGAUGAACUGGCUUAGCUUUCAUAUGUCUUCUCAGAAGACUUCAGUUUGUCAUUUCUUAAAUUAUUUUAGAUCUUUGUCAACUAUUGUGAAAUGACACUUGUAAUCGGGUGCCAGAUUAUCCAGAUGAAUUUACUUUGGAAAGCAGGAAUAGUUGGCUCACAUACAUUUCUGUGUUUACAAACGUAAAAUGGGAAACUGCAGAUUGCUAGCCAAAGAUCAGCACUUUUCUUAAUAAUUGUUUGCCCUUCUUCCAUGCCUUUCUCUGAAGCAUCUUGGAAAUUUUGCAAACAUUACUGAAGCCUGUCUCAGGACAUUCUGUAAGCUAAGUAUUGGUAUGGCAUUUUGGUAGCUUCGCAUCUCAGCUUUACAGUUCUCUCACUGUAAAUUCUGAAUUAAUUGAUAUUUACUCUGCUCUGCAAAUCUAAGACUUGAGUUUCAUUACUGUAGUUCCAUUAAGAUCAUAUUUUCUGCUGGCGUAAGCCAGAAAGAAGAUCCACAGCUUUGCUGAGGAGCUUGCCCUGUUAACUGCAACAGGGACGCAGCGGCCAAAUGCAGUAUGUCACUACACCCGGCAACAAUCCUGACUUCAUUGCACCACAUUACUCCUGUCUCUAAAUGGCUGGGAUUUUUUAAAGGGCAUAGGUUUUUUCCUGUUAGAAUGGCUGGGGUACAAAGCUUCUGCAGUGCUGGGCAGUGAAGAUGGUGGUGAAGAAGGAGAACUUGGGGAUUAUAUAAAAGUCUGCCGCAAUAAGCCAAAAUCAGUUAACGAAGUGAGCCUCAAGGGAUUCGAUAACCGGAGUGAGCUGUGAACAUGGAGGGUGCUUAGCAAACUCUCCUUUUGAAGAAACUGCUUUUUCAGAAACCAGAAGUGCCAGUCCUCCAGUGCCAUGGGCAGGAGAGUGGCUGCCUGCUGCGGUCCCUCCUGUGGCCACCCCAGCCUGGUGGCCCUGGCUCUGUCCUUACCUCCAUCCAGCUGGGGACGCAGGUCUGCGCCUUUCCUUGGGAGAACACCUGGGCAGGACUGGCCUGCAGAGUGGUAUCACCUGGAUCUCCCUCUGCCUCCCUGCUGUGAAUCUCCUGUACACCAGCAGAGAACUGGACAAGUAAGCCCAUCAGGUGCACCUGCUGGUUUUUGGACAGCCACGUUUAGCACAGAUACAGUGAAAGAAGCCUGGCCUGGGGGCUAACGCAGUUUGUGACCCAGAACUGUAGGGCAGGCUUCUUGCAAAAACUCUGUCUUUGCAUAAGAGAAGGUGGCAUUGCAUUAUUAAGCUCGAAGAAAUGCAAGGAAAAAGAGGUCUUGAAGCCUCAAGGCAACAGCAGUCUCUUGGAUUUAAUGUUUAAUACUUACAGUACACAAAGAGUGAGUGUCAUAGUUUUGUGCCUGAUGUGGUUUUGGUGCCACAAAGGAAAGAAACACCCUGUUUCAGAGUGGGGUUUUGCCUUGCAGAACACCUGACCCAUUCUUCUCGAGCACUGUUCAAAAGAGACACCUGGGAACAGCAGCAGAAGGCACCUGUGAUGAUGACAAAGGUACAACCUUCAGCAUUUAACUGGCAACAGAUUUUUCUUGAGUUGAAUGGGUCUGACAAGUUUACAAAUGCCACUCAGAAAAAGGUAGCUGCUCUCAAGAAAAUUUAACUUAUUGUUAAAUAUCAGUGCCUUUGAACAACCAUAUGGUAGUUUAUAAUAGACAAGAUAUGCUUGUAAUUUUAUUUAAAUAAAAUGGAUUUAUUCAUA